AGGAAGUGCUUGACUAUUGCCGGUGGCUGCAUGUUGGGGGAGAGUUAUUGAUGAUGAGCAAGGAUUUGCAGGAUUCCCAUGGCCAUCUGACUCCCCCGGCCACUGACCCAGUAAUGGAACCAACUGCUUCAGGAGUAUUUUGUAGCAGGAUUCAAAAUAUGGUUAACUCUGAAGAUGUAAAUGCUAUUAUUCUGGCUCAGAGACACAUGCUUGAUCGGUUUGAGAAAACCAAUGAAAUGCUGCUUAAUUUUAACAAUCUAUCUAGCACACGAUUGCAGCAAAUGAAUGAUCGGUUUGUACAUCACACUAAAACAUUGGUGGAGAUGAAAAAGGACUUGGACAUGAUCUUCAGGAGGAUCAGGAUGUUAAAAGGGAAGUUGUCAAAGCAAUAUCCAGAGUCGUUCAGCAGUGUCCAUGAAUCCCCGGUCUUAGAAGAGGAUGAUGAUUUUGACCCUACACCCAAAAGUGCAGCAACCACUAUUGCUACAUCAGAACAAAGCACAGAAUCCUGUGACACCAGCCCCUCUAUUAUUUCCCCAACAUUGAGCCAAGACUUCGAGGACUUGUCCCAGGCUCCGUCCGACACCCCAUCUGUUAAUGGCCAACUUCUGACAGACGAUGAGUUGGCCCAUGAAGACUAAUGGUCUGGAAUGGGUAGAGAAUCUGAGAGUCGCUACUGAGGGCAUGUGUGAUUUUCUUUUCACCCCUCAGAGCAAUGCAUCGCCUAACAGUGGGGUAAAUGUCACGGAAGAUGGAAGUGAGCAUGGUGCUGUUAACCCAGGGUCAACGUGGUUCUGUAUGCACACAAACUGAGGCAGUACUCUUUCCAAGACUGUGCUCUCUUUUCUUCCAUCUACUCAGCUGGUGUGGUUUGUGCUAUUUUUCCUGUUUGCUCUAACACCUUUCCAGUGCCCUGCCAAUAUAGAUGUAUGAACAUACUCCUAUAUUUCUCCUACUCCGUAUCAACUUUACUCUUUUUAUUUUUAACUCUCUUUUCAUUUUUCUUCUUCUUGAUAUUAGUCUAUGAUUUAUAGCUUUUACAGUCUGCACUAACCAGUGUAACUUUUAAAGGACAUGCUUUAUAUGGGUACAAUGGAGAUAUAUUGAACAGCUAACAGUGUAGGUUCAAACAUGAUUUGUAUUUCAUUACCUUUAAUAUUCAGCACAUGUAGAUGUGGCCGCAGUGGACACAGGCUACUUUGAGAUAAUUGCUAUGUAACAUUUAACACGUUUCUCACCCUUACAUAUUUAGUUGUAAGUUAAAGCUAAUGUAUAAGCACCUAAAGGCACAUAGUGUGUUAAACAUGAAUAGCCAAUGCCUUCUUAUAGCCACAGUAGCUGUCUAUAUGUUCUGAAUUUGUAAGGUAUAAAAAGUUAUUUACGUGUUUGAUACUUGCUGCUUCUUUAGCUUACCCAUGCGAAGCCUGACUUUCAACAAAUGACUUGCCUGCAUUCAGCUAAAAUCCAAUGCAACAGCACAUUUACAACACCUUAAACCUCAUUUUGGUCUAACUCUGUAUGUAUCUCCCAUUAAAAAAAAAACAAAAAAAAAACACAAA